GGGAUGCUUUAGUUGAGUCACUCCAGUUUAAAUUGGAGAUUUAGGAUCCACUAAAAAGACUUGGAUUAGGAUCUCUGUGUCUGCUAAUCCCAGAGAGAAGACUAGAGCAAGUCAGAAGCUCAGAGAAAACCCCAACACGUCUACCAAAGAGAAGCAGUGGCUCCCUAUUUGCCCCCUUUCUGACCGGCAAAUCAGCUGAAGAUGUUAAAUGAGAAGAAGCCCCGUACAAGAAGCCAGGGUCACCGAGAGCCUUGAGGAGGCUUGUUAUUAUAGCAGCCAGGCAACAAUCACAGCCUUCAUCGCUCUCAAUGCUGAUCCUUGGGCUAUUUUUAUCGGUGACACAAUGCAGCAAUUAAACGGGGCAUUUGUGAUGAGGCUGAGGGAGAUGCAGGACUGAGGGAAGAACAGCACUGGGCAUCUGGACCACACUCAUCGUCUGCUUGUUUAUUUUUGGAUAUGUGUGUAACCUUGAGCUCAGAUGGGGCCGUAAAGAGCUAAUUUUGGGACGCGACACAGAAGUUCAGGACAACAUGUGAAGGUGGUGGUGUAGUUCCAGGUCUCCCGCCAUGAGCUCUUCCCCCCAGUGGCGUGUGGCAGGAUGACGGCCGUGUAUCCGGCUGUGGGGGUCUCUGUCGGGGUCUCAUCCGUGGGCCCGCAGCGUUACGCCCGCUGGAGCCGUCAGGACAGCUCUGACAUCUGCACGGAUGAUGAGGGGACUCAGGCGCGCCGCCUCACGCCGCUGGAGAAGCUCAAUCUGGACAUGUGUCAAGAUGAGAAGAUGGUCCGAGAGCUCACCGUGGGCCGACGCAUCGGCUUCUACAAAAUACGCGGCGAGAUCGGCUGUGGAAACUUCUCUCAUGUCAAGCUGGGCAUCCACGCACUGACCAAAGACAAAGUUGCCAUCAAGAUCUUGGACAAGACGAAACUGGACCAGAAGACACAGAGGCUGCUGUCCCGCGAGAUAUCCAGCAUGGAGAAGCUGCACCAUCCAAACAUCAUCCGCCUCUAUGAGGUGGUGGAGACUCUGACCCGUCUACAUCUGGUGAUGGAGUACGCCGGCGGAGGAGAGCUGUACACCAAGAUCAGCACUGAGGGCAAGCUCUCCGACAUCGACAGCAAGAUUGUCUUCUCUCAGGUUCUCUCAGCCGUGAAGCAUAUGCAUGACAAUAACAUCAUUCACAGAGACCUGAAAACGGAGAACGUUUUCUACACCUGCAGCACUUGUGUUAAAGUGGGCGACUUUGGCUUCAGCACUGUCAGCCGUCGUGACGAGACCCUCAACACGUUCUGUGGUUCUCCACCAUACGCCGCCCCGGAGCUCUUUAGAGACGAGCACUACAUCGGCGUCUGUGUUGACGUCUGGGCUCUGGGGGUCAUGCUCUUCUUUAUGGUCACCGGCACCAUGCCCUUCCGCGCCGAAACCGUGGCCAAACUCAAGCGCUGCAUUCUGGACGGGACGUACACAGUGCCUACUUGGGUGCCCGAACCGUGUCAGAAAUUGAUCCGGGGCAUCUUACAACCCCAGCCGUCCGAUCGCUGCAGCGUGGAGCAGAUGAUGGCCUGCGAGUGGCUUCAACCGGUGGAGUUUCCCAAAGCCAUGGAGCCCUUCAAACUGGACCCACACCAUCUGGUUGAGUCCGGGCCAGGGGAACUGGAAGAGCACGAAAUAGAGGUGAGGAAUGCGCUAGAAAUGUUUGGAAUCACCGCAGAGCACAUUCGCAACAACCAGGGCAAAGACUGCAGGAGCUCCAUCACUGGAGUCUACCGAAUCCUCUUACAUCGCGCACAUAAACGACAGGCGGUGGAAAGCAUGCCAGUAGUUACUCAUGUAGUAAGCGGGACGGACGCUAAGAAGGAGCGUCUGAAGACUUACAGGAGCCUUAGACAUACAUCUAAACUCUGCAUCAUUCUGUGAUGCUUAGGAGACUGUGGCCUGUGACUGUGAGAAAAGGAGGCUGGCCAAAAAUGUUGGUAUUGUUUAACCUUUUGAUCUUUUGCUUAAAGGGGAUGUAUCGUCUCACUUUUCCCAUUCUCACAUUAAUUCACAAAGUCUUUAUUUUUGUAUACUUUUAAGUGUUAGGGAGAUGAACUAUUAUCUCUCUGGAAAAAAACAAGCCCCUGGAGGCAUGCCAUGGGCGACUCUCUACUUAAUCAACAGUGCACAAGCAAGCAGCUUCCGUUUAGCAACCGACUACAUUCUGUGAUAUCCCUAUAAAUAAAACAGGGGAACGACUUUGAAUUAUACCAAGUUCAGACUGCAGGAUUUUCAAAGUAGUCAUGUCACAGAUGUUUUCACACUGCAUGACUAUCUGGGGUAGCCUUCUGUUGGUGCUGUGUUUACACUGUAAGAUGGAUCGACGACAGGAGGUUUCACACUGUAUGACUUUACAAUAGGAGAAUCGCUGACAACUUUGUCUCGGUCCACGAACUACGUCUCACAAUCAAACACAUGCGAGAAAUGACAUGGAAACAACGUGACGUCAUGUAGUAUAUCUUAUGUUAUUAACUACAUAAUGAGAAAGAAACCUUUAGUGGGGUAGAAAAUGUACUUAUUUUGCUGACCUGACCUUUGAUGGGAAUUUGCAAUUUCUUUCAAACUUCUGACCCAGUUUUGAUAUUGCUCAGAUGACACAUCAAGCAGACACGGGUGCUGCUGCCAAAUUUUCAUUAGUUGUUCCUUAAUUUCUGUCCAAGUAGACCAAAAAUAAGUGCUUUUAACUUCUCCCUCCAUUCCCUGCUGGGCUGCAGAUACCCAUACUAGUUGAUGCUGCUCUCUCAUUGGCUGUAGGUGAUCGCUGAUGAUUGUUACUCAUGUGAAUGAGCACAGAUUUGCCUGUGAUUUCAGGCAUUUGUCUGCGAUUUCUCAACCUGUCGGCGAGUCAAAAUCGGGGCUAAAAUCAUGCAGUCUGAGCUCUGGAUUACCAACAGGUUACCUUUUGACACACAAUCAAAGCGGUGUGAUCAGUCUAGGCUGGUUCCUGGAGUUUUUAUUAUGUCAUUGAUCUGCUGCUGAAUUUAAAUCUGACCUCCUAGAAUGGGUGCUGUUGAGAUGAAGAAGGACAAGUACAUCAAUACUUUUAAGUACAUUCAGUGAAAUAAUGUUUGAUCAGGUUACAGACAUUGAAAUACUAGCAAAACAAAACAAAAUGUGCUUCGAUAAAUACACACUAAUGUCUUUGAAAGACAGCAAUAAUAAUAAUUUUACACAUGCAAUGUGUGUUAUUCACAACAGAUACACACUGUUUAGCUAACUAGAAUGUUUAUUCUACUUUUCUUCCAGUCAAAUAGUCACUUACUUUCAUGUAGUUUAGUUUUAACGUUUCAUGGACAAAUAAAAG